CCACGAGCGACGAACUGCGCCGAAGAGAGAAAACUUCGUGAGAAUAUGAGAGUAAUACGACUCUCAGCUUGAGAGGUCAAGAAGGUGGGGUCGUUAUUGGAGCAGAAAACCAAGAAGCGUCGGAGGAAGAGAAACUCGCCGGAGGAAGGGGAAGCUGCCAACAUCUGCUCGAUCGGCUGUCAUAAGACGUCCUCCGCCGGCCUGCCGCCGUGAAACUCAUCCGGCGUAGAAGGUGAACUUGGAGAGGAAGCUGUUAGAGGCGCUUGUUAGGAAUAUCUGGGAUUUGAGAUGAUGUGGUUUAUGAAGAUUGAUGCCUUGAGAGCGCUCCUAGAAGACUUUUAGAGUAGUCACAUCUAGAAUAAACAUUAAAAUUCAGAUGCAGCAGUUCAUAUCCAUCGGAGCGUCACCAUUUAAUUGAUCUGAUGAUUACUGGAUAUACUCAUGAACACAUCUCCAGACCACCAACCCUCAUGGCUGCAACACACAUCACUGGAAGAUGCGCAAUCAGCAAAGCUCCUCUCUGUGCAUAUCGCCCGUCUAAAAUGGCAGUCCAGCAUGUAUCAAGAAGGUCUGCGAUUCUCAUCUCAGUCCUGCCUCUAAGCCUCAGUUUGAUGAUACCGCAACCUUCGCCCGCCAGAGAGAGGCGAAACAGGAAGAUGAUUCCUCUUGAGGACUACCAGACCAGCUUUGAUGGGCUGAAGUAUUAUGAUCUCAUCGAAGGAACUGGACCUGUGGCUAAAAAUGGUGCAAAAGUGCAGGUUCAUUUUGACUGUGUAUAUCGUGGAAUAACUGCAGUUUCAAGCCGAGAGUCAAAGUUAUUGGCUGGGAAUCGAAUUAUUGCACAGCCAUAUGAGUUCCAAGUUGGAGCACCACCAGGGAAAGAGCGGAAGCGUGACUUUGUUGACAAUCCAAAUGGUUUAUUUUCUGCUCAAGCUGCUCCAAAACCUCCUAAAGCAAUGUACAAACUAACUGAAGGAAUGAAAGUUGGAGGGAAGGUGUUAUGAUAUGUUUCAUCAUCUUAAUCAUCAUCAGCACCUUAAUCCCAAGUCCCAACUGUAUUGGGUGGUGAUGUGAAAUUUAUAAUGUCAGUUUUGCCGGAAGUUAGAGGACUGUGAUAGUUCCUCCUGAGGAAGGAUAUGGUCCAAAAGGCAUGAAUGAGAUUCCGCCAGGAGAAUCAUUCCAGCUGAAUAUUGAAUUGUUGCUAGUAGUAGCACCACAAACAAAGCAAUAGCUGCCGGCUGGGAUUUGUUGUCUGUUUUUUUUUUUUUGGGAAAAGAUGAAAUCCUGAUAGUGGCUUGAGAUUACAAUUUACGAGGCUUGUCUUUUUAAGUUGUAUAGAUCAGAUCCCUUCUGUAUGGCGACUUUUUCUUACCUAAUUGUCUCAAUGCACCUCUGGAAUCUGUUUACAUUUUUAUAUAAAUUUCCAAUCCAUUUUUCUUGUUUAAUGGACUUUUCUUUACGAGAACGCUUUCGGGAACGGGGUCAGAGAUGAAAU